CUGAUAGCCGCUGUGCUUCUGGAGCUGGUUCCUUUCGUACCCAGGUAAACUCGUCGUCCAUAGAUGCUUCGGUUCAUCACACUUCAGUUAGAACUCUUCUAGAUCUUCCAUUGGAGGCCUUCGCUGAGCAUUGCUUCCCGCGGUAUCCGCUUAGCUGGGCGAGGAGUUGAAGGAUGUCUCACCGUAAGUUUGAGCACCCCCGGCAUGGUUCCUUGGGAUUUCUCCCCAGGAAGAGGGCUGCCCGCCAUAGGGGAAGAGUGAAGGCUUUCCCCAAGGAUGAUCCAUCAAAGGAACCCAGACUGACUGCUUUCUUGGGUUACAAGGCUGGAAUGACCCAUAUUGUCAGGGAGGUCGAGAAGCCAGGGUCGAAGCUUCACAAGAAGGAGACCUGCGAAGCCGUCACAAUUAUUGAAACACCACCCUUGGUCGUUGUUGGAGUUGUUGGCUACAUCAAGACACCUAGUGGCCUCCGCUCUUUGAACACCGUCUGGGCCCAGCAUUUGAGUGAGGAUGUGAAGAGAAGGUUCUACAAGAACUGGGCCAAGUCAAAGAAGAAGGCUUUCACCAAGUACUCCAAGAAGUUUGAGUCUGAUGAAGGGAAGAAGGAUGUUACUUCCCAGCUGGAGAAAAUGAAGAAGUAUGCAACUAUCAUCCGUGUCCUGGCUCACACUCAGAUAAGGAAAAUGAAGGGACUGAAGCAGAAGAAGGCUCAUCUGAUGGAGAUCCAGGUCAAUGGAGGAGACAUUGCUAAGAAGGUCGACUUUGCCUACAGCUUCUUCGAGAAGCAGAUUCCAAUUGAUUCCGUCUUCCAGAAGGAUGAGAUGAUCGACAUCAUUGGUGUGACCAAGGGUAAGGGUUAUGAAGGUGUUGUCACUCGUUGGGGUGUCACCCGUCUCCCCCGAAAGACCCAUCGUGGUCUUAGGAAGGUCGCUUGUAUUGGGGCAUGGCAUCCUGCCAGGGUCUCCUACACUGUGGCCAGGGCUGGACAGAAUGGUUAUCAUCACCGUACUGAGAUGAACAAGAAGAUCUACAAGCUUGGAAAGUCUGGCCAGGAUUCUCACUCCGCCAUGACUGAUUAUGACAGGACCGAGAAGGACAUCACACCUAUUGGAGGAUUCCCUCACUAUGGUAUUGUGAAGGAAGAUUACAUUAUGAUCAAGGGUUGCUGUGUUGGUCCCAAGAAGCGUGUGGUGACCUUGAGGCAGUCUCUGUUGAAGCAGACUUCCCGAACUGCUACAGAGCAGGUGAACCUCAAGUUCAUCGACACUUCGUCCAAGUUUGGGCAUGGACGAUUCCAGACCACUCAGGAGAAGCUCAAGCACUAUGGUCGCCUCAAGGCUUAGAUUGCACAAGUCGAGUCGUGUUUGCCCUUCAUGGCUAUUAUUUUCCUAGUUAUCUCUGGCAGUUGCUGGAAUUCUUUCUGUUUUUGCACCUGUUUUGUCGCUGGAUGUUUAGCUAUAAAUUUUGAGAUAUGACUUUGGAUUUGAGUCACAGUUUGGACAUCUUAAUUAGCUGUUGAAGGUUUGCAGUUAAAGUUUCGUUGCCUAAGUCGCCUUUUAAUGGCUUAUUUGCUAGGAAAUUGCUUGAU